GUUAGUCCCGUGCACUAGGGGGCGCGCGGGAAGCACCUCCCACAUUGGGGGCGUGCGGGAACCGUCCCGAAGCCCAGGGGAGCAGACCGUUGCCUGGGAUUGGGAGCGCGCCGGUGGCAGGCCCCCCGCACGAGGGGACGGGCCCUGGGAACCGGGUGGCACCUCCUGGCGGGUUGCGCGGAGCCCCACCCGGCCCUCGCCCUCGCCCUCGCCCGGCGCCCGCACGCGCGCCCUCGGCGGCUUUAAAGGACGGUGCCCCGCCCCACCCCGCCCUCCCGCAGGGGCGCGGCCGGCGAGUGGGCGAGCGAGCUGUCAGUCUCGCCGACUGCGGUGCGGCGCCGGGAGCGCGGGCGCAGAGCCGGGCCGACCGUCGCCGCCGGACCGCCCCCCGCCGAGGCCGCCGCCCGCCGCCGCCUCCGCCCGCGCCGAGCCGAGCCGGGCCGCGCUCCACCGGGCGCGGGCGCUGGGAGCCGGCGGGGCCGGGAGGCGGAGGCGGCGAUGCGGGCGCGGGGCCGGGGGCGCCUGCCCGGGCGGCUGCUGCUGCUGCUGCUGGCGCUGUGCGUGCAGGCGGCGCGGCCCCUGGGCUAUUUCGAGCUGCAGCUGAGCGCGCUGCUGAACGCCAACGGGGAGCUGCUGAGCGGCGCCUGCUGCGACGGCGCCGGGCGGCCGGCGCGCACGGGGGGCUGCGGCCACGACGAGUGCGACACGUACGUGCGCGUGUGCCUCAAGGAGUACCAGACGCAGGUGACGCCCACGGGGUCCUGCAGCUACGGCCACGGCGCCACGCCCGUGUUGGGUGGCAACUCCUUCCACCUGCCGGCCGCGAGGGACCGGGCGCGGGUGCGGCCAGGCGGUGCGGAGGCCCCGGGGCUCGUCGUCAUCCCCUUCCAGUUCGCCUGGCCGCGCUCCUUUACGCUCAUUGUGGAAGCCUGGGACUGGGACAACUCCACCAGCCUGGAUGACGAACUGAUCGAACGGGUGUCGCACACGGGUAUGAUCACGCCGGAUGAGCGCUGGAAGAGCCUGCGCUUUAGUGGCCAUGUGGCCCAGCUGGAGCUGCGUAUCCGUGUGCGCUGUGGUGAGAACUACUACGGCACCUCCUGCAAUAAGCUCUGCCGGCCGCGCGAUGACUUCUUCGGCCACUACACCUGCGAUCAGUAUGGCAACAAGGCCUGCAUGGACGGCUGGAUGGGCAAGGAGUGCAAGGACGCUGUGUGCAAGCAGGGUUGUAGCCUGCUCCAUGGGCGGUGCUCCGUGCCGGGUGAGUGCAGGUGCAGCUACGGCUGGCAGGGGCGCUUCUGUGACGACUGUGUCCCCUAUCCUGGCUGUAUGCACGGCAGCUGCGUGGAGCCCUGGCAGUGUAACUGCGAGACCAACUGGGGUGGCCUUCUCUGCAACAAAGACCUGAACUACUGCGGCAGCCACCAUCCCUGUGUCAAUGGGGGCACCUGCAUCAACGCAGAGCCGGACCAGUACCGCUGUGCCUGCCCCCAGGGCUACUCGGGCCAGAACUGCGAGCGGGCUGAACACGCCUGUGCUUCUAACCCCUGUGCCAACGGGGGGUCCUGCCACGAGGUGCCCUCCGGCUUCGAGUGUCACUGCCCCUCGGGCUGGAGUGGGCCCACCUGUGCUCUGGACAUUGACGAGUGCAUGUCCAGCCCGUGUGCAGCCGGGGGCACCUGCGUGGACCAGGUGGACGGCUUCGAGUGCCUCUGCCCUGAGCAGUGGGUGGGGGCCACCUGCCAGCUGGACGCCAAUGAGUGUGACGGGCGGCCGUGCCUUAACGCUUUUUCUUGCAAAAACCUGAUUGGUGGCUAUUACUGUGAUUGCCUGCCGGGCUGGAAGGGCGCCAACUGCCACAUCAAUGUCAACGACUGUCGUGGGCAGUGUCUGCACGGGGGUACCUGCAAGGACCUGGUGAAUGGCUACCAGUGUGUGUGUCCGCGGGGCUUUGGCGGCCGACACUGCGAGCUGGAGCUAGACGAGUGUGCCAGCAGUCCCUGCCUUGCAGGCGGGCUCUGUGAGGACCUGGUGGGCGGCUUCUUCUGCCACUGCCCCAAGGGCUUCUCAGGGCCACUCUGCGAGGUGAACAUCGACUUCUGUGAGCCCAGCCCCUGCCAGAACGGGGCACGCUGCUACAACCUGGAGGGUGACUACUACUGCGCCUGUCCUGACCACAUGGGUGGCAAGAACUGCUCGGAGGCACGGGAGCCAUGCCCGGGAGGGACCUGUGGAGUGAUCGAUGGCUGUGGGUCCGAGGCUAGGCCCAGGGUGGCUGGCGCUGUACCAUCCAGUGUGUGUGGCCCCCACGGACAUUGUGUCAGUCUACCUGGGGGAAACUUCUCCUGCGUCUGUGACAGUGGCUUCACAGGCACUUACUGCCACGAGAACAUUGACGACUGCCUGAGCCGGCCUUGCCGCAAUGGAGGCACGUGUAUCGAUGAUGUGGAUGCCUUUCGCUGCUUCUGCCCCAGCGGCUGGGAGGGCGAGCUCUGUGACACCAAUCCCAACGACUGCCUCCCCGAUCCCUGCCAUAGCCGCGGCCGUUGCUACGACCUGGUCAGUGACUUCUAUUGCGCGUGUGUGGAUGGCUGGAAGGGCAAGACCUGCCACUCGCGUGAGUUCCAGUGUGAUGCCUACACCUGCAGCAAUGGCGGCACCUGCUAUGACAAUGGGGACACUUUCCACUGCGCCUGCCCACCUGGCUGGAAGGGCAGCACCUGCAACAUCCCUAAGAACAGCAGCUGCCUGCCCAACCCCUGCAUGAAUGGGGGCACCUGUGUAGGCAGUGGGGACUCCUUCUCCUGCAUCUGCCGAGAUGGCUGGGAGGGCCACACCUGCACCCACAACACCAACGACUGCAACCCCCUGCCGUGCUACAAUGGUGGCCUCUGUGUGGAUGGCAUCAACUGGUUCCGCUGCGAGUGUGCUGCGGGCUUCGCGGGCCCAGACUGCCGCAUCAAUAUUGACGAGUGCCAGUCCUCCCCCUGUGCUUAUGGGGCCACCUGCGUGGACGAGAUCAAUGGCUAUCGUUGCAGCUGCCCACCAGGCCGGGCAGGACAACGGUGCCAGGAUGUGAUCUUCCUGGGGAGGCCCUGCUGGUCACGGGGUGCGCCCUUCCCGCACGGCAGCUCCUGGCUGGAGGACUGCAACAGUUGCCGCUGCCUGGAUGGCCGCCGAGACUGCAGCAAGGUGUGGUGUGGGCAGAAGCCCUGCCUGCUGGUAGGCCCUCCGGACACCCUGCGUGCCCAGUGCCCACCUGGCCAGAGGUGCCUGGACAGGACUCCCGGCCAGUGUCUGCAGCCACCCUGUGCGGCCUGGGGUGAGUGUGGGACUGAGGAGCCCCUGCCACCCGGCACCCCCUGCGUGCCGCGCUCCCGCCACUUAGACAACAACUGCGCCCGCCUCACCCUGCACUUCAACCUUGAGCAGGUGCCCCAGGGCACCACUGUGGGGGCCAUCUGCUCAGGGAUCCGUGCCCUGCCAGCCAUCAGGUCAGUGGCCCGAGACCGCCUGCUGGUGCUACUAUGUGACCGGCCGUCCACAGGGGCCAGCGAGGUGGAGGUGGCUGUGUCCUUCAGCCCACCGCAGGACCUACAGGACAGCAGCCUGAUUCAGGAUGUGGCACACGCCAUUGUGGCUGCCAUCACACAGCGGGGGAACAGCUCACUACUGCUGGCUGUCUCAGAGGUCAAGGUGGAGACACUGGUGGUGGGCAGUUCCUCGACAGGGGUGCUGGUGCCCGUGCUGUGCGGCCUGUUCAGUGUGCUGUGCGCGGCCUGCGUGGCGGUGUGCGUGUGGUGGACCCGCAAACGCAGGAAAGAGCGGGAGCGCAGCCGGCUGCCUCGAGACGAAAGCACCAACAACCAGUGGGCCCCUCUGAACCCCAUUCGCAACCCCAUCUCACGGUCGGGCCCCAAGGACCUGCUGCCCCCACCUGGCCCGGGCCCCACCGACGAGGAUGAGGAGGAUGUGGGUCGAGAGGCUGUCGCCGAGGCCCAGAAGUUCCUCCCACACAAACUCACCAAAGACCCAUGCAGCCCAGCCAGACCCACGCGCUGGGCAGCGGGCCCCAAGGUGGACAAUCGUGCCGUGGGCCGCAGCCUGAACCAGGCCUAGGCCCGCCCGCCUACCAGGACCACCGACCGUGUGCAUAGUUCCUUUAUUUUGUGUAAAAAAACCCACCAAAACCAAAAAACAAAUGUUUAUUUUCUAUGUUUCCUGGACCCUGUAUAAAUUAUUGGGUAGCUGUUGGGUGGAGAAGGGCCCAUCCUUUGUAGUGGCUAUUUUUGUACUGUUCCCGUGUGUCCUGACGCCGUGGCAAGAGAGCAGCGCUGUCUGUCCUCCACCGAGCUGUCUAACGUCUGUCCCCAGAGGUGGCGCACUGUUUACAGAACUUCCUUCUUAUUCCUCACUCUUGCUUCUCCGUGGCUCCAGGCCAAAGAGCCAUGGAACCCAUAUGGCUACCGGCGUGGCCUGUGGCCGUUGGUGGGACCGUGGCCGUCAGACAGGCCCUGCCUCUUGGGGACCCAGGCUGUUGGUGGGACCACCGUAGCCUGUCUUGUGGCCCGUGGCUGGCGGCUGGCUCUGGGGACCUCGGAUGACGGCAUGGCGGCUCCUGUGCUUGUUGGGGCUCGUGGUCCUGGGCGGGCAUAGGGCUCCCACCGAUGACCACCCAUAUGCCCCAGGAGCCCUGAGAUCUUGCCACUGUGCUUUCAGAAGUGCCCUUCCCUGCUGCCCUGCUCACCAGCCGGGGCAGUGCCUGAGCUCGUGACAAGUGCCUUCACACGGACUCUCCCCUGGGCUCCUGCCGCCCACUCCCUCGUGAAAGUGCAUUUCUGUACAUAUGUACAUAUUAAACGAUCACUGUAUAUUUGAUUUAGUAA